AUGUUGGCAAUUGCUCGCGAUCAGUGGAGGCUACUGAGAGAUUUAUAUCAAGGCGAGCGUACGAAUCUAACGGGCUACGAUCUAAUUAACAGUUUUAUCUGUUGGUCAGAGUGUGGUGAAAAUGUACAAAUUUAUGUGACAGACGCCAAUUGGCCGAAACAUGGCAGCUUUUUGCUAGUUCACAGUUUUGGCAACAAGGCGGAGAUUUACUUCAAUACACUGGGCGAAUCCUUGGACCAGCUGCAAUUGUUGCUAAGUUCUUGGCAACUAAAUGUGAGACAUUUAUUUUGCGGUUAUGGAAUUCGCUUCAAACACGUUGUCGAACAAUAUGGGCUGCGCAGAGGUCUGCGCUUAGGCCAAUUGGAACAUCAAGGCACAUUUGUAUAUCAUUUGCCACAUUCGGAAAUCAAACAACUCGAUUUGGGCCCAAUUUCAGACAUAAAAGUGGGUUCCUUGCACUUGACACAUGCUGCCGCAGUGGAUGCCCAUUGGCCUUAUCGCUCGAAUGACUCUUUGAUGUUGAUAAGAAAUCUUAUACAGCAUAAUAUCAGCGCAGGUGCCUUCGACAGCGAGGGACAGCUGCUGGGCUGGUGCUUAAGAUCUCCACACGGCAGCCUAAGUAAUUUGUACGUUCUGCCCCCGCACAGACGACUCGGACUGGCCUCGUUGUUGGUGCGUUUUAUGGCUCGGGAAAUUGCAGCAACAGGCGCCGAGGUUCUGGCCACAAUUGUCUUCGACAAUGAAAUAUCUAGAAAAUUGUUUGAUAAGCUGGGAUUUAAGCAUAUCCACGAUGUAUAUUGGGCUGUUGUGCCCGCGUCCUGAUC